GUGGCUCGCGAGUGGAGAGGUGCAUAUAUUUUCCCACACACCGCGUGAACUCACGAGAUCUGUUGCUGAAGCACGCGCGUUUUUUUUUGUUCUCAUCAAAACCCAUCUGAAUGGAGGAUUCGGACGAAUAUUUUGAACUGCGUCAGGUUUAAUGCGAAUGUCACUGAAGAAGUGAAAUUAUUCCAGCAGAAACCUUAACCUGUGUAACCAAGACAGCGAUCGUUGAUACCUCCGAUUGAGUGUUCAGCCAUAAAGAACCCUACUUUUGAAGUUAUAAAUUAGCCUUCGUUAGGAUUUGGCCCUAACUCGUAGGAAACCGUAGCUUUGACGGAAGGAGAACAAAUCCUUUUUGUGCUUAGUUUCUACUGCAAAGCUGAAGAAGUGGUGGUUGAAAACUAUUCUGCACGCCACAUAGUGAAGUGUUUUUGAUGAAGAGUGCCAUAAACUGAAGGUGGUAAUUUGACUGAAAAAAUAAGUGUAGCAAUACCACAGUUCGUUUAAGUAUAGAAGUUUCGACAAAGCAGAAGAAUCCAGGCGAACAGUGAACGAUGGCUUGUCACGCGAAUCUGUCCUGUGUUUGCACCUAUAUAACGACGAAGUUCGCCACCAUCAUGGAUUUCAAACAGCAUAAUGGUCAGCAACAGUUUUCUAGAACUAACUCCAGUCUCAAGCAUCAAUCAUCGAUUACGUCCAGUAUAUCGUCAUCAUCGUCAAGAGCCACACAAAAAGUCACCCUACGAAGAAGAUGUCGCAGUGAGAGUCUUCCGAUGGCACCGAUGUCUGAAUCCAAAAGUGGCAAAUCACGAAUUCACAGUCACUUUCACCACCAACCUCAGCAGCAUAAUAACAAGAUGAAAGGAGAAACGCCAACCCUGCUGAUUGAGUCCUUUAGUUUACACAACCAUGGCCGUAAGACGCUUCCAAUCAUAGCUAGCAAUGAACUGCCAAGCAUAACAAUCAAUAAUGCUAAGGAAAACGUCAUGCAGAACGGCCAUGUCCGGCUUGAAGGCGGAAUCAAUGCCAAGGAUGUCUACAUGAACGAACUGGACACCUAUAGGAAAGAUCGCCGCAGCGGAUACUACAUGCCAGGAGAGCGACAGCUUGAGUCCCGAUUCGCUCGUAACCUGGAGAGCUCGUUCAAUCCACGUAACACGAUGUAUGACCGAAGCAAUCGAAAAUUGCGGGCACGGAGCGAGUCGGAACCCCAUGAAAUCUACACCAGUGCUUCGAUGAUCAAUGGAAACUCGGGGAGUGGGCGAUCUACACCUGCUUGGGCAAACCGGGAUCAGAUGCGUGACAUAUCCCUUAAACGGACGCGUGAUAACAUUUCUCCAACUCUGGAAACCGACGAAACCUUGGAAUUCACCGCAUUCCCUAUCGGUCAGAAGGAUUCGCCGCCGUCGAAAAUGUUGAAUGCCGUCGAAAGCAACGUACUGGAAGAAGCGGCCAGCGCAGCCCAACAACGUCUCGGAAAACCCACGAAGGGCUCUGGCAACGCAAAUGGUACGCGGUUUAUGAAAACUGUUCGAUCUCGCAGCGGAACUGCCGUAAACAAAUACAAAUCUUGUCUGAAAUCGGCUCCGACUACCGUUUCCGCCAUCGUUGCCUCUGGUGGUUCGGUUGGCCACAUUGUUGGCCGAAAAUCCGUUUCACCUCCCUUGCUCAAACCCUUGGCCGGUUCUACCUCACCUACUCCAUCUGGUAUGUCAACGGGAACUAGCGGCGGAGAGUCAGUUCACACGCAAGACCUCGAUACAGAAACCAUUGGGCACUCGGAUGUGGGAGAAGAUGACGAUUUAGAUGACGAAUGUGAUGGCGAGGAUGACGAUCUGGGCGACGAGCUGGGAGACGACGACGAAGCACUGAAUGGAUCGAUAACAGAUUCGGAGGACAACUACCAAACUCAUUUAGCGGCCUAUCAGGCUAGAACCAAAUCCAGCCCGUCGUCACCAACGCCAUCGCUGGCCCGGGGACCGGUAACGUCCAUCGGUUGCGUGCUGGGGGGUAGCCCAUCGAAAGGUCCACUAUCGCCAAGUUUAUUCCCAUAUGUGCCACCGUAUAUUACAUUCUCCAACCACGAAGAGAAGGGUCCCGAUAUGCCACCUGCCAUUCACAAAGUGCUCAAAUGGAAGAUGACGUUGAUAACGCCGAUUGUCGUGCGAAAGGUGUUAAUUAAUAGCGGAUUUCGACUUCUAAAAAAAACCAACGAUUGGAUAGGAAUUUGGGGCAAGCAUAUGAAAAGUCCCUGCUUUAAAACACUCCGGCCGUACCAGAAGUUCAACCACCUGCCCGGUAGUUUUCAAAUUGGCCGAAAAGAUCGCGUCUGGCGCAAUCUGCAAACCCAGAUGAAUCGCCACGGCAAGAAGGAGUUCGGAUUCAUGCCCCGCACCUACGUCCUACCUCAGGAUCUGAAAAUACUGCGCCAAAUGUGGCCCAGAUAUAGUCAACGGAAUGCCAAAUGGAUCAUCAAACCACCCGCCUCGGCCCGAGGAACUGGAAUAAAAGUCGUAAAUCGGUGGUCUCAAAUUCCAAAACGGAAACCCUUAGUCGUACAGCGGUAUAUCGAGCGGCCCCUGCUCAUCAAUGGUAGCAAAUUUGACUUGCGAUUAUAUGUUCUGGUAACGUCGAUAAACCCUCUGCGGGUUUACAUGCAUACCGACGGGCUGGCACGAUUCGCCUCGGUCAAGUACAGUGAAAAGCCUGAUACGCUUAGUGAUCGCUACAUGCAUUUAACCAACUACAGUAUUAACAAGCUGUCCAACAACUACAACGCCAAUGAAGACGCUGAUGCCUGUCAGGGACAUAAAUGGACCAUCAAAUCGCUGUGGUCUUACUUUGCUGAGCAGGGAAUCAACACCGACCGGUUGUGGGGCGCGUUGAGAAAUCUCGUGCUGCGGACGGUGCUCGCUGGAGAAGGACCUAUCUAUGCAAUGUCCAAGCUGAACGUCGCCAGUAGAUACAACUGUUAUGAGCUGUUUGGAAUUGAUGUGUUACUAGACUCGGAACUGGUUCCCUGGUUGUUGGAGGUGAACAUUUCACCGUCAUUGCAUUCUGCUUCCACGCUGGAUGCCCAUGUGAAGGGACCUCUAGUCAAAGCUCUGCUGAAUACGGUUAUGUAUCAGGUGCCUCCGAGGAUAGCAAUGGCUGAACAGAAAGAAAUCCUAGCUGAACAAGGUCUUGAAGGCCCACUCUGCUAUGACAAACGGAUAUAUGUGACUGCGCUGUCAAAGCCGGAAAGAUUAAAACAUAAUCAAUACAUACAAAAAGACAUGUCAAGAGAUGAGUAUUUAAAUAGCAUCCUCGACGAGCUGACCCCCGACGACGUACGGUGUUUGCUACUGACCGAAGAUGAACUCGCCAGAAGUGCCCCGCUGGAGCGUAUCCUACCAGCACCUAAUAGCCAUCGGUAUGUUUGCUUUACCGAGCACCCUCGGUAUUACAAUAGAUUGUUAGAUGCGUGGGAACAUCGAUACUGCCAGAACCGAAGUGAAGGUAUCGCCCUGCUGCAGUCCAUGUGCCAACAAAAGAUUCACCUGCAGGUACCUCCCAGUACAUUCAAAAAGGACUGCAACAAUAGACAACAACAGCAACAACAGGAGAUUAGCAGCAGUAGUACAAACAACGAGAACGCUUCCCAAGACAGUGGCAUCCAGUCCGAUCCGGCUAGUUCCGAACUUCAAUCCCAAGAAUCCAGCUCCGCAUUUCAGUCGCAGGAAUCCAUCGAUCGUAUCGUCGAUGAUGAGUCAGCGGCAGCGAGAAAAUCGGGAGCUAACGAUGAUGUGAUGAAAAUGCAUCAGCAGCAUCGAUCUAGUGGCGAUGAAAGUGAUAAUAUCCGACUGAGCGACAAAAUCAAGCUUAUCCUGGACGAUGCUUUGCUGCUGAAACAGCAACAGUGCGGUGAUACCGACAAUGCCAUUAUUGUAUAGCAGUGAUGUAAGUAGUUUCCUAGUUUCGAUUUAUCUAUCUACUUAUGAUUCUUCGUAUCAAAGAGCGCAACCUAUUUGCCAACCAGAGAUUUGCGUUUAUACGGAUACACAUGGUAAGGAAGACGGUUUAAGUACUGGCCCAGCCAAGUCCCCUACUGUAUUUGUAUCUUUCUGAUAAAUACGCGUACUUCAACAUGAAAACGAUCUUCAUUAUUACGUAGUCGACUUGUUCUCGCCUAGCAGUAUUGAUCUCGUCUUUCUUUGUGCAGACAUUAUUCAGAGUGUGAUUAGUUCUCCAGCAUGUCUGUUUCCGGUACACACAACUCUUCUACGUAGGAAAAACUAAAGUUCUUAGCGGGUUUGUGUUAACAAGACUGAUUCGAUGUGUUCUUCGAUGAAACAAAACGUCAACCCAGAAUGGAUACUGUGGAACAUUUAGUUAUAACGGUUUUCUACUCGACGUUUAAUAGUUGAGUAGAGCUAAGAUUUAAAAAAAAUGGAUCGCCUAGUAAAAAUGAAGAAAACCUCCCAGUCUAUAAAGUAGAUCUAAGAUCAAAGUAUACUACCAGAAUUGUAAUAGAAGAGAGCAUAAGUAGUUCACUUACCUUCGUAGAAAUACUCCUUCAUUAGCUUGUAGCAAUACAUUAACAAAUUGUUUCGUCCAGACGCACGAUUGGUCAACUGUGAUUCUUGUAAAAUAAAAAUAUUUUCUAAAUUUGAGUUCCAUCCUGUCAUAGCAGAAAGCGAACGUUAAUAUUCGGAUAGGUGCGAAGCAUGAUCAGUUGUAGAUAGUGUUUCAUACUUCCCGUUUGUUUCACACUGAUUCUAGCUCGUAGUUCAUUUACCAAUUUAAAACAUGAAAGCUCGUCGAACAGAGGACACUUAUUAUCAGCAUGCGCCUCUUUUUAUUUAACCCAGAAUGGGCGAUGGUUAUGACAUGGGUGGUCAGUUUGGCAAACAAAAAUACAAUUGCAUACACAUCUAAUUGUAUGAAAAAAGAAACAAAAAAACUGCAAGCUAAUAUUCUUAUUGUAGGGUUAAGACAAAUCGAAGAAAGAAAAUAGACAAGUAAUGAAACGUCGUUUAGUAAAUGAUGCCAAUGCGAAA